AUGGCGACGCGCUGCCUAAAGUCAACAUUAUUACCAAUCCGCGCCAAACUUUCCAACACUGGCACGUUUCUCGCCGCCUACAUCAAAACCCUUUCCUCACAGAACUUGCGCCUUUUGAUACCAAACACCCCCGCCGCGAACAAGGAGAACGUCGGUGCCCCCCGAAGCAAAUUCCCCACACCACAAUCACUCGACCGCCUCCGGACGCCGUUCAAAUGCCCAGGGUCGGCCACUCGCACCGUUGCUACCGACCGCCCAGCUCGCAAGAAGCGGAGAAUCGACUACAAGGGCACAGAUGGAGACGUUGAUCCGGAUGCCGACAAGCCCUACACAAAUGCCGACCGGCUAGCCCUGGCGAAUCGCGACGCCAACAAGUUCCCAGUAUUCCAGCCAAAAGACAAGACCACAGUGUUUCGCAAAGCCUUUUCGGUUCCUCUCCUGAACAAAGAUAGCGCUGCCUACAACCCCAAUCGCCCCCCACCAACACUUGGCUUAAGACAGGGAGCUGUAUUUGUCGCAAAGCCUCUGCAUGAUCCAAGUGGCGAGUUCGCCAUUGUCCUGUAUGAUCCAACAGUUGACGACAGGCCAAAGGAUGCGCCUAAGCCAGAGGAAAAGGUCGAGGAGGAAAAGAUCGUCGAGCCCUUAGAGCACAAGAGUCUCGCCGAGAUCUUGGGGAUCAAGAAGAAAAUUGUUGGAGAGCACCCAAGGGUACCGGUGGUCAUCGAUCCAAAGCUUGCCAAGAUUCUCCGCCCACAUCAGAUUGAAGGUGUCAAGUUUAUGUACAAGUGUGUGACGGGCAUGGUGGAUGAAAAGGCACAUGGGUGCAUCAUGGCCGAUGAAAUGGGUCUUGGCAAAACGCUACAAUGCAUCACACUGCUGUGGACACUGCUCAAGCAGUCUCCUGAUGCUGGCAAGACAACAAUCCAGAAAGCUAUUGUUGCCUGCCCAGCAAGUCUGGUGCGCAACUGGGCCAACGAGUUGGUCAAGUGGCUGGGUCCGGAUGCUACGACGCCUUUCGCUAUUGACGGCAAGGCUUCAAAAGAGGAACUGACCCGACAGCUUCGCCAGUGGGCCAUUGCAACCGGACGAGCCGUCACGAGACCCAUCAUCAUCGUCUCAUAUGAGACCCUCCGUCUGAACUGCGAAGAGCUCAGAAACACAGAGAUCGGACUGAUUCUCUGCGACGAAGGUCACCGUCUGAAGAACAACGACAACAAGUUAUUCACUGCCCUGAACGGCCUCAAUGUCAAGCGUCGCGUCAUUCUCUCUGGUACACCCAUUCAAAACGAUUUGUCCGAGUACUUUUCACUCAUCAGCUUCGCCAACCCGGAUCUAUUGGGUACACACCUCGAGUUUCGCAAACGCUUCGAGAUUCCCAUUCUCCGUGGCCGUGAUUCCAUGGCCUCUGAGGCUGAGAGGAAACGUGGUGAUGAAUGUCUUGCCGAGCUGGCCACCAUCGUCAACAAGUUCGUCAUUCGCCGUACCAACGAUCUGCUGUCCAAGUACUUGCCCAUCAAGUACGAGCACGUCGUCUUCUGCAACCUGGCCCCCUUCCAGCUCGACCUAUACAACUACUUCCUCACCUCGCCAGACAUCCAAGCCCUUCUCCGUGGCAAAGGCUCCCAGCCACUCAAGGCCAUUGGUAUUCUCAAAAACCUAUGCAAUCACCCAGAUCUUCUCAAGCUCCCCGAUGAUCUGCCCGGCUCUGAACAACAUUACCCCGAUGACUAUGUCCCCAGGGACUCUCGUGGCCGCGAUCGCGACAUCAAGCCAUGGUACUCGGGCAAGAUGCAAGUCCUCGACCGUAUGCUGGCCCGCAUCCGCGCCGACACAAACGACAAGAUUGUCCUCAUCAGCAAUUACACCCAAACCCUCGACCUCUUCGAGAAACUCUGUCGCAGCCGCGCCUACCCCUGCCUCCGUCUCGACGGUAAAAUGCUGGUUAACAAGCGCCAGAAGCUCGUCGACAAGUUCAACGACCCCAACGGCGACGAAUUCGUCUUCCUCCUUUCCAGCAAGGCAGGUGGUUGCGGUCUCAACCUCAUCGGCGCGAAUCGCCUCGUCCUCUUCGACCCCGAUUGGAACCCUGCCGCUGACCAGCAAGCUCUCGCUCGUGUCUGGCGUGAUGGCCAGAAGAAGGAUUGUUUCGUCUACCGGUUCAUUGCCACGGGAACAAUUGAGGAAAAGAUCUUUCAGCGUCAGUCGCACAAGCAGAGUUUGAGUUCGUGUGUGGUGGAUUCGGCGGAGGAUGUGGAGAGGCAUUUUAGCUUGGACAGCUUGAGGGAGCUGUUCCAGUAUCGGCCUGAUACGAAGAGCGAUACGCAUGAUACGUUCAAGUGCAAGAGGUGCAAGCCAGAUGGGAAGCAGUUUAUCAAGGCGCCGGCCAUGUUGUAUGGUGAUACGAGUACGUGGAAUCAUUUUGUGAAUGAGGGGUUGAAGGGGAUACAAGAUUUGUUGCUGAGGCAGGAGAUGGGGGAGAGGGAGGUGAGUGCGGUGUUUCAGUACAUUUCUCAUUAAAUGGGGGUGGCAGGAGUUGUGAUGGGUCAUGGUGUGGAUAUGGCCUUGCUGUAAGCGGGAUGAAGUAUUUUCCUAUUGAUGAUGUUAGCAGGGGAGGGAUUGCGUUGCUAGUGUUGGUAUUUUAGUGUUGGAUGCAUUGCUCGGCGAAGGAGUUAGAGAGGUCAUUUAUUAGCCACAGCGUAUGUCGCAUGACUUGGAGCCAAAAGACAUGAGAGACGAUAAGGGACAGUACUAUGUGCUUUCCAUUCUGCAACACAAAUAAACUUUGUUAACCUCAAC